CUGAGGGCGGUUAUAGUAGGUCCAGCAGGCACCCCUUAUCACGAUGGCCUCUUCUUCUUCGACUUUCAAUUUACAGACAAAUAUCCCAAUGAACCCCCAAAAGCAUAUUUUCAUGCUCAUGGACGCAUUUUUAAUCCUAACCUGUACCCCAAUGGGAAAGUUUGUCUCAGCCUUCUAAACACGUGGUCUGGAAGAGAGAAUUGCGAGAAGUGGGACCCACAGCGGUCGACCAUGCUUCAGGUUCUUGUCUCCAUUCAAGGUUUGGUUAUGAACGCUCAACCCUACUUCAAUGAACCAGGAUUUGAAAGGACUCGCUGUACUCCUCAGGGAGAGAAGAACUCCUUGGAAUAUAAUCAUGCUGUCUUCUUUGCUUCGUGUGAUCAAAUGACGUAUUGGCUUCAAAAGCCUCCAAUGCAUUUUGAGGUAUUUGUUGCUUAUCAUUUCUACACGCAUGGGCUCAACAUGGCGAAGGCAUGUGAAGCUCGGUCAAAGGAGUGCUUGCAAAUUUACAAGGUCUGUUUUAAAAAGAGAGCUGACAAAGUUCUGAAAGAGUAUAAAGCCAGAGAAGUUGCGUAUAGGAAAAAAUUUGCCCUGAAAGAUAAAGCUGGUUGUACUGGUGGCAAUGAUGGAACUAAUUCUGGCGUGCCCAAUAAAGCAAAUAAUAAGCUGAAGUGUUUCUGUUACUAUUUGCUAAAACUGGGGAAGAAACUUUUGCCGAUGGGAAACUAGCUAGAGUUUUAUGUUAUUAUUUGAUUAAUCUGUUUAGAAUUAGGCAUGGAAGUAUAAACAGAGUUAAUUGCUGUGUAUGGUGCCUAUAUGCUCCUGGAUCCCACUUGUAUAAUAUACAAGUGGACGUUAUUCUUUACAGCUGGAAAUUUUUCUUUUCAUUGAUGAUUUUAUAUUGUUAGUUUAAUAAAUUAUGGAGCUAUGUUACAAAAGGUCUUGCUCAUGAGGGUCUUAUAAUUGGCUUUCAUAUUUAAUUUUAUGGUGACAUUUUAUUGGACAAAUAUCAUU